AUGAAUAUAAAGUUAAUUCAAUACUCUAUUGCUUUGUCUCUAUAACAAUUUCAAUCUGAUAGUUCAUAACUAUAUUAACUAUAAUGGAAAAUAGGUUUAUUUCAAUUCAUACUUAGAUAAUAAUGUAAUCAAUAUCCCCUUAACAACUGAUGACUUUAAUAAACCAUAAUAUGCAUAAUCAAAUCUCAUUUUAGAUUAAAACAGAAUAUUUGAAGAAAAGAAUACAACCAUCAUUUUUAGUGCCAAUCAAGAUAUACUUAAAGAAUACAAAAUUAAUAUAAGUAAAUACCUUAACUCUAAAUUAAAAUGUAUAAUAAAUUAUCUAAAAUAGAGGUAGAUGAUAUAUUACAUAUAAAUGAGACUAUAAAAUUGCAUAUCUAAUGGAAAUUUGAGAAGCUCUAUGCAAUAGAUUUAGGGUAUUUAGACCAAUUAUUCUACUAGGGAUAAUUAGGAAAAGCAAGUCAAUUUCAGCCCAACUAAUAAUGAAAGAAAAUCUCAAGUCAUUUCUAAAAAAUCUGUUACUUUUAUUUCUCCUCAUAAUCAAAAAGGUAAUGAAUAAGUUAUUGAAUUUGAAAAAAAGUCAAUAGAAGAAACUAAUGCUACGAUUAUAAAGUUGAUUGCUGAAAAUAAGAAAUUAAAAGCUUAAGUGAUAGAGUUAAAGAGGUAAAUUGAUUCGCUUUCUUAAUCAAAACCAAUCUAUAUUUAAGCAGAAGUUGAAGGGUUUUUAAGAGAAUAUUAAAUGGAAAAUGAGAAAUUAAGAGAGCUUUUGAAAUAAUAAAUUGAGAAAAAUGAAUCAUUAUAAGAAGAAUUAAAAAUUGUUAAUUCUUCUUAUCUUCAAAAUACUAAAAGAUUUUAAUUACACAUUUAACAAUUAGAAUAGAGAUUUUAAGAAAUAUUAAUUAAUUGCCAUAAUUAUAGUGAGAAUAUAGAUAAUUUUGAAUAAUCAACCCUUUAAGAUAAAUAAAAAUUAUAAGACUUAGAAGAUUAAGAAAUAUAAAGAAAAACAGAACUUUAAAAAUUAUUUAAAGGGAAAAUAAUCAAAAAUAUUUCUGAAAUUAAUAAUGGAUAAUAAAAUACUACAUCAAUUAAUUCAUCUUAAGGAUAAUAAUAAAUUAAUUAAUAAACUAAUGAAAUUUAUGAAUUAUUAGAUAAUGAUUGA